AUGGGGCCCUUGUCGCCUACACUGGCCGCGAUGCUACCUUCGAGUACUUUCGCAGCAGCCUCCUUUCGUCCGCCGAAUCACUCAUCGGCCGUCGCUCAACAACAGUCAUCGGCCUUGGCAGCGCGUAUAGCUUCAAAGAAGGCCGAGCUAGAAAAUCUGAGGCAACUGCGAGACAUGAGCUGUGCACUGGCAGAACAGAUGCAAGCCUUGGAAAUCAAGAUUGGAACUCUUAGAGAUGGAACUGAAGCCGUCGCCUGUGUUCUUGCGAACUGGGACAAUGUGCUGAGAGCGAUUAGUAUGGCCUCGGUGAAUCCUGUUAGCCUUGGCUUCGCAGGCAAGAGCGAUCCGAACAACCCACAAUUACCCGCAACCCUCGUAAGAGUACCAGCUGAGUCUCAAGAUGCAUCAGGGGACCGGUGA